AUGAGUCUUGCAUACAGCAUGUGGCCAGUGGUGUUGGCUAAUUAUAAUCUACCACCUUGGUUAUGUAUGAAAGAUAAUUAUUUUUUGCUAUCUACCCUUAUUCCUGGUGCAAAAUCUCUGGGUAAAGACAUGGAUAUAUUUUUAAGACCGUUGGUGGAUGAAUUAAAGGAGUUGUGGAAUAAUGGGGUACCAACGAGAGAUAGUUCGACCAACUCGAUGUUCACCAUGCGUGCUGCGCUUUUGUGGACAGUGAAUGAUUUUCCUGCUCGUAGUAGCUUGUCUGGGUGGAGUGGUCAAGGUUAUAAAGCUUGCCCUACUUGUAAUGAAGACACGACGUCCAUUCGAGUGAUCGGGAAGACAUCAUAUGUUGGUCAUAGAAGGUUCUUGCCAAGUAACCAUGCAAUGAGAAGGGAUACUCGAUUUGAUGGUAAAGUUGAAAGAAGACCUCCUCCAAGACGAUUUACUUGUGAAGAGAUAUUAUCACAAGUUAAUACUCUCGAACCCCAAAUUCCCGGACAUCAUGAAAAUUUUGGGGGCGUGAAACGUAGAAGAGUUGCAGAAACUUGUAAUUGGAGGAAAAAAAGUAUUUUCUACGAGUUGGAGUAUUGGAGCACGAAUAUUUUAAAACACAACCUUGAUGUCAUGCAUGUUGAGAAGAAUGUGUGUGAUAGUCUCCUAGGAACCAUCUUGGAUAAUGAUAAAUCAAAGGACACAACCAAUGCGCAACAUGAUUUAAAGAAGAUGGGUAUUAGGGAAUCGUUGUGGAUUUAUGAAGAUGGGAAUGGUAGGCUAAUGAAAUCGCAUGCUCCUUAUGUUUUGACUCGUGAGAAAAGACAACUUUUUUGUCAGUUUGUUAAAGGAAUCAAGUUUCCCGAUGGCUUCUGUUCAAAUUUAAAGAGCAAAGUUUCUCCAGAUGAGUCUAACAUUAUUGGGUUAAAAUCCCACGAUUGUCAUGUCAUUAUGCAGCGAGUACUAGCGGUUGGUGUCUGUAAAUUUCUACCUCGUGACACUGCAACAACUAUUACUCAGCUGUGCAAUUUUUUUCGACAGUUAUGCUCUAGAACUCUAAAUGUAAAAGAUAUGGAGGAUGCUCAAAAUAAUUUAAUUCUCUUAUUGUGCAAGAUGGAAUUAAUUUUUCCUCCAGCUUUUUUUGACAUAAUGAUACAUUUGGUAUUGCAUUUUCCUGAAGAAGCGAUACUGGGUGGCCCGGUCUUUAUGAGAUGGAUGUAUCCUUUUGAAAGGUACAUGAAAAAAUUGAAGAAUUAUGUGGGAAACAAGACACGUCCUGAAGGGUCAAUUGCAGAAGGGUGUGAAACAAGAUUUAAUCGGCUUGAUCGAAAUGAAGAUGCGCCUUCUGUGUGUCGCUAUCUCUCAGUUUUUAAUUCUCAAUCUCGUCCUUUGACUAGCGGAAUUAUCAAGCCUCUUGAUCAUAUCGGUCGUGAAAAAGCUGAGUGGUAUAUUCUUCAAAAUUCUCCCGAAAUCCAAGCUUACUUAGAUGAACAUUUGGACAAGAUCAGGCAUGAAUAUCCUAAUGGUAAUCACGAUGUCUUGCAUAGGCAAACUUUCCGUCCGUGGUUUCAUAAGAAGAUAUAUGAGUUACUCGCUCUAGCUUCUGGCUCUGAUUACUUAGCAACAUUUUACGAAGGUUGUGUAGUGAAUGGUGUUCGGUUUAUUGCGUCGAAGCAAGACCAAAAGCGGAAGACACAAAAUAGUGGUGUUACUGUUGCUGGAACUAAAGGGUUUAAUUAUUACGGCACACUUGAAGAUGUAAUCACUAUAUCUUAUACUGGUGCAUAUACAAUGACAUUGUUUGAAUGUAAAUGGUAUAACACUAAUCCAUUAAGAAAGAAGACAAUCACUGAAAAUAAUAUAACCAGUAUAAAUACUCGUGGAUAUUGGUAUCAAGAUGAACCGUACAUCCUUGCUAACCAGGCGAAGCAAGUUUUCUAUCUUGAAGAUCCACUCAGAGGUCGCGAUUGGAAGGUUGUUGAAGAUAAUAGCCAUCGACAAAUUUGGGACAUUAAUGACAAUGAAGAUGAGACUGAUGUUGAUGUUGUUAGUGAUUCUAACUCUUCCAAUUUUGUGUUGACGGUUGAUCUUGGAGAGUUGAUUAUGCAAUCGAAUGAACCUCCAGUAAUUGUUAAAUCGUCCGAUCAGUUAGUGGAUUCUGAGAUAGAGAAUAAUGAACUUGAUGAAAAUUAUGUUGCUGAAGAAGUAGAUGAUUUACUAGUUGAACAUGUCGAGGAUGAAAAUGUAAACUUGGUGAAUGAUGGAAAUGAUAGUGAUUCGUCAGUGUAA